GAACCCAGCAUUGCUGGGGAAGUAAGAAGGAUGGCGGAAGGAGAUAUCACCACUUUCAGAGCUGUGACUGAGAAGUUUAACCUCCCAAUGGGAAACUACCAGCAACCAAAACUUCUCUACUGCAGAAAUGGUGGAUACUUCUUACGCAUACUUCCAGAUGGAGCCGUGGAUGGGACAAGAGACAGAGAUGACCUCAACAUUCAGUUGCAGCUAAGCACAGAAAGCAUUGGUGUGGUUUAUAUCAAGAAUGCUGAUACUGGGAAUUACUUGGCUAUGAACGAAAGUGGGCUUUUAUAUGGAUCUAUGACGGUGAAUGAGGAAUGCCUGUUUUUGGAGACUAUAGAGGAGAACAACUACAAUACAUACAAGUCAAAAAAAUACUCAGAGUUGAGCUGGUUUAUUGGCAUUAAGAAGAACGGGACAUGCAAACGUGGUUCACGGACUCACUACGGCCAAAACGCCAUCCUGUUCCUUCCAUUAUCAGUGUCAAGUGACUAGGGAUUCCAGCCAGCACUGACGACUGAUCUGCCUUCAAAUUCAUACUGUUACAUGUUAUUUGUGGUAUUGCUGUAAACUAUUAUAUUGUACUUAAAGGCCAAAUCAGUGUAUUAACAGGAAACGCUUACAAAACCCCAAUCUUAUAGUGUGGCAUUUUCAUCCCAACUGGAGUAUUUAUAGCCGUGCUGACUAUAGUCUGAGGAAAAUCAUUUUAUAAAUGUAUUAAAGCAUGGGCCAAUGGGAUGCUAAGCAUUAAAAAACAAACCUUUGCCUUUGUGUUAUUGAUGGUAAUACAACUGUAAAAAAAAAAACUAAUUAGGGUACUAAUCAAAUG